AUGUCCGAAGCCUUACCUGCCAAAGAUACUGAUCCGCUUAAAAGCGAUGACAUUAAGACCGGUAAGGUGAUCGCUGAACUUCCACCCAGGACGCAGCUCAACAUCAAUUCUAUCGGCUUACUGGACAAUGUCUCUACACAGUUGUUGAAGCUCCUAAUGACAAGCAGCAUAGAGACGUUGAUCGGAUUCACGUCAGCACAGUCUGAUGGCUACCAAAGUGAAGUGUUCGAAAUGCUGUUUGCCUUGUUCAAACAAGUCAAAAAAGUCUACACCAGCGCGCCCCUGCUUGUCGUGCAAGAUAUAGCGCCUGGGCUGUGGCUUGAAGAUGAAAAGUGCCCAUACAUACUGAAGAAUCAAGAGAAUCUCGUGUUGGCUGCAAUUCGUAAAGCAAAUAUUGUGACCUACUUACUCUCUAUAAUGGGUCGCUUGCAGUACGGUUUUUUAUUUCUGGAUGAGAGCUUCAUCGAAAUAUUUUGUCCAGUAGCUGGCGAUUUACCAUUUGAAGCUGAACGCGCACUUACAACGUCCCUCGGUCGACUUCUUAAGCCACAAGCAGUACUUUAUCUUAAUUUGAAGACUCAUGCAUACAUUUCGGCAAUAGAGCCCUAUAGAGACAACGCAGAGGCACUAUCACGAGUCAGAGAGGAGAUCCUAGACCGUAUUUUUGCCAAAAAUAUGGAACAGUUUAUUCUUGCCAAAAGGCGCAUGCGCAGCUCUAAACUUAGCCCCUCUGAAGAGGAUUUUGUUAAAAGAUGUGUGCAUCGCAGAGAAAAGCUCCAGUCGCAAGACUCCCUAGACUUGCUAGUUGCGGAGUAUGAUUGGCUAGAAUUUUUCAAAGAGAUAUUCUUUUACCUACAGCGCAACAUCAGCGUUCUUGUAUGGGGAAAGAAAGGUUGUGAUUUUGCGUCUCCUGGCUCCGACGUAAGUGCAAGCGAUAUAAAUGCUGAUCAACCAAUGUCAAGCCUUAACAAUGGUUCAGCAGAAAGUUCCAGAGCUUCCUCAGAGCCUCCUGUAGGAAAACCUCUUUCUUCAUCCAGUAGCCUCCGUCCUUCCCCAGCUCCGCUAAGAGACGCUGCAUCUGCCAAGAAGUUGAAGCAGAAAAGACUUUGGAAUAAGGAAGAGGAAGGCGCCCUUAUUGAAGCUUUGAAAGUGCACGGGCCUGCAUGGUCUAAAAUCCUUGAGCUUCACGGCGCCGGCGGCAGUUUAUCUGAAUCCUUGAAAAACAGGACCCAAGUUCAGUUGAAGGACAAGGCUCGUAACUGGAAGAUGUAUUUUCUCAAAGGUGGACUGCCUGUCCCGGAUUACUUAGCAAAGGUCACGGGCGACUUAGAGAGAGACGAAAAAUCCAAGCAGCGUUUCAAAAACAAAACAAAGAAGCAAGCGCCUACGAAGACCAUUGGGAAUGUUGAAAAGCCUCAUGAACCAACUCAGGAUUUAAGAAAAGUAGCCAAUAUGAGUAUCGUUGCGCAAGCAGGCAGAAGCGAAUUCCCCAUAGAGGAAGCUAACGCUUCAGAAAUGGACCCGCAGCUUCAAGCUACUUGA